AUGUUCCUAAGGAAGCUGCUAACACGGCUGGGAGUCUCUGCGACGGAGAGAGCGGCCAUGAGCUCCGGUGGUGUGAUCUCGUAUGAUGAUCUCAAGAAGCUGAUCAACUCCGGAUCCGUCCAGAUAUACGAUGUCCGGAAUCCAGAGGAGCUGCAGAUUGGAAGAAUCCCAACUGCCGUCAAUAUUCCAGUUGCGGAAGUAGAAGGCGCUCUGCAGAUGGACGCCGUUGCGUUUAAACAGAAAUAUAAUGUAGAGAAACCAAAACCGGAAGAUGACAACCUGAUAUUCCACUGCCAGCUGGGGCGCAGAGGAGAGCGGGCCACCAACAUCGCCAUCGGUCUGGGGUUCAAAAAGGCCCGGAACUACCUCGGAGCCUACAAGGAAUGGGCUGAGAAGGAGGGAAGAUGA